UACACCUGGACAGACGACACACAGACGACACACAGCGCGGUCACAUCGCGCUCACACAGCCACCGACGGCGUCGCGGGCGAGCUUAGCGACAUUUCCAGUGACUUGGUGAGGUUAGCCAACGUUGUCGGACCGUCGUGUGUGUGUUGUUCACAUCCUGGAAAUGGAAGUGUAAGUUAGCGGACACGCAGAUGACGCUUCUGAAACACAAAUCACGGGUCUGUUUUAAUAGCCCGUGCGUCAAUUGGAGCAUAAACGUACUAAUAGAGAGAUAUUCUGGUUACUUGUUGUGUCUUUUGUAACCGAGGAGCCGCCGCGGUGCUAACGUCGGUAAAAGUGUGGCAGCUAGGUGGCUCGCCCGCUAACAGGCUACAGAGAGGGACGGUGGCUCGGAGCCGCGGUGACUGGCCGAGUACUGGAGAAUGAAUGAAAGACUGGCCUCGGAACAGCUCCCUUCAUGUGGGCUUGCAAUCUACCGCAGCUCUCUCGCUGCCAUAUGAGUAACUCUUUGGGGCUGUGAAGUUUUCCAGCGACCCGUAAUAUAACCUGGUUGUGCUGAAAACGUGUUUCCAUUUCCGUUGUCUUUCUCUACUUCGCGUCGGUUCCUCGCGGUGGUUGACGUUUUUGCGGUAAUUAGCGAUGGGGUUGGGAGAGCAGUACUACAGAGAUGCCAUGGAGCAAUGUCACAACUACAAUGCCAGACUCUGUGCUGAGAGGAGCGUCCGAAUGCCGUUCCUUGACUCCCAGACCGGUGUUGCUCAGAGCAACUGCUACAUUUGGAUGGAAAAGAGACACAGGGGACCAGGCAUGGCUCCAGGGCAGCUCUACACCUACCCAUCCAGGAGGUGGAGGAAGAAACGGCGCUCUCAUCCUCCGGAGGACCCCCGGCUUAUCUUCCCUCCUGUCAAGUCAGAGGUAGAUAUUGGACUGAAGAAGGAUGCUCUGUUAUCAGCGGAUGGCAGCAGCCUGGAGGCCCUGCUCAAGGGCGACUCCUUGGAAAAACGGACAACCACAGAGCUCCGAGGGUCUGAGGAGGAUUCAAACCAGAGUGAUUACACCGGAGGCCUCAACCCUGCUGCUCGGAUUAGAAAGAGAGUCCUUGAGCCAGAUGACUUCCUGGACGACCUGGAUGAUGAAGACUAUGAGGAAGACACACCUAAAAGAAGAGGCAAAGGGAAGGGAAAGGGUCGAGGAGUGGGCAGUACCCGUAAGAAGUUGGAUACAGCAGCACUGGAGGACAGAGACAAGCCGUACGCCUGUGACAACACUAUCAAACAAAAGCAUAUUUCAAAACCUUCUGAAAGAGUCUGUGGGAAGCGCUACAAGAACCGUCCCGGCCUGAGCUACCACUAUGCCCACUCCCACCUGGCUGAGGAGGAGGGGGAGGAGAAGGAAGAGCUGGAGAUCAACGAGCCGGCCCUGCCAGUGCCCGACGAGCCUAAAACUCCCAAGAAAGGUCCAGACGGCCUCGCGUUGCCUAAUAAUUACUGUGAUUUCUGCCUGGGAGACUCCAAAACCAAUCACAAGACUGGCCAGUCAGAAGAGCUGGUGUCCUGCUCCGACUGUGGACGCUCAGGCCACCCCUCCUGCCUGCAGUUCACUCCUGUGAUGAUGGCCGCUGUGAAGACGUACCGCUGGCAGUGCAUAGAGUGCAAGUGCUGCAACAUGUGUGGCACCUCAGAGAAUGACGAUCAGCUUCUGUUCUGUGACGACUGUGAUAGAGGCUAUCAUAUGUAUUGUCUCAACCCACCCAUGUCUGAACCUCCAGAGGCCCCCCCCCCUGCCCACACUCAUCACUCAACCGUCCCGCCGCAGUAUGGUUUACCCUUCAAGAUAGAUGAUAAACUCCCCUGACGAGCUGACCGCGGAGGAAGUGUGUCCAGAACAGACAAUAAAUCAUGAAAAGGGAAGUAUCCCUUACCAAACGGGCCUCAGUUAGCUUCAGAUAUGACUGUUGCACAGUUCCAAGCUCAGAUUCAGCCCCAUCGAUUUUUAUUUUCACCUCUUUGCCACACCAAUUUGAGCACAACUAAAUUUCAACAAGAUACCCCGCAUAAAUAGCCAACUUCCUGUUCAGGUUUUUUUUACACAUACGCCUACACAAAGUUGCUUUCCUUCUCUAUCCUGCAAUGUACUGAUUUUAUGACAAGAGCAGAAAUAGAGCUUUGAAUCAAGUAGCAUGCCUUUGCUUGCUCAUCUUAAAAAGAGACAUUUUAUAAUAUUUAUAUAUUUCUAUGGUAUAUAAUAGUGUUACGUAUGUACAAAUUGGAAAAAAGAAUGGUCAUGUAAUGGUCUUUUAAUUAGUGCCCAUCUCAUCAUUACAUGUUCCUUUAUGGCACUGCUGGCAUUUGGUGAUUCACUUGAAAAGAGUCAAAGAGAUCUGCUGAGACUGUAAAUGAUUUUCCAUCUCAUCCACUGCCACUGGCCACACACUGGCGCGCACAGAAACUUUAAAACAAAACAGGAACGAUGAAUAGAAACCCCCGACAGGCUCCUCAGAGUGGCUCCAAAGGCUGAAGGACUUCAGGGAUUGCAGGUUAGACUUUAGUCAAGUUGUGGACUCGAUUAUGUUAGCGGCGGAUUGAGUUGCACAGAGCUCAAGAGGAUGCAUAUUGAGAAUGUUUCAUUAAGUGUUCAGACUUCAGACUUUGGGGCCUCUGACAUGAGGUUGUCACUGGACUGAAAACUGUCUUCAAUCUGCACACCUGCCCUUUGUUUGACAGAAGUGAUAAUGUUACAAUUCUGAUGACUAUUCCAAAAAACAAAUCCUACUUGCAUUAUCAGCCAGGUAAAGGGAUAAAAAGUCUUCAUUGCUGUGUUCUAGCAGUUUGCUGAUCAUGCACCAUAUCCAACGUCUGCUGAUGUUGUGACACCACUAGAUUAUUUUAAUAUAAUUGAGGACUAUGCGACCUUGCAGAUGGUCACUUGCUGACAAUAUUAAAGCAAUAUAAGGGCUGCUGUAGGAUGAUGGGAGUCACUUUAGGCUCUGUUGGCAGAUAAUGUGCGAUAAUGUAAAUUUUCUUUUUCAGAAAAUGCUAUAACAGAUAGGGGACUAUGGCAGCAAUUAUGGAUGGCUCCAUAUUGUAAAAAAGAGAUUAUAAUGUGUAUAUGUAUAGUCCUAUGGAGAAACCGACCUUUUUGUUACUGCUUUCGUAGUUUAAUUAUGCAAUGGUUUCCUUCUGUGGCAAGGCUAAAAGAAAAAGUCUGGCUGAACUGCUAAAGCAGUUACUUUACCUCAAACAGAAACAGUAUUUAAAGGGUUGAAAUAUGCUGUUGAUAGAUGGGACAAAGGCAGCGGGAUGAAUAGCAAUUACAGCUACAGUGUCUGCUUCAAUAACUACAUAUUCUACAGGUAAACAAGUGCAUGCUCCGUAAUUGUUUGCACUCAUAUGCUACGUAGUCGUCUCAGCGUUAGGUUGGCAAGGGUGUUGGGGAAGUGGUGUAAUAUAAAUUAACCAUGCUAUCAUGUCGUUUCCAACUAACAAUUACUAAGCAUUACACAAGUAUAACUCGGUUUAUUUUCUCAUCACAUUUAAACUUAUUUAGAGACAGUGGCUACUAGAAUAUUUUGCUGGUUUUUGUAUUCAUGGAUGAUGUUUGUGUACCUGAUGUGUGGGACAUUUUGGGACUUAAAUGGAAGUUGCUUACUAGUUAAUCCUGUGAUCCGGGUCUCACCUGAGCCGCUCUCUUCCAAAGCUUGAAACAAGAAGCAAAGCCCAUAAUGUGAUUAAGACAAAUUCUGGAGCUGCACUAUCCACACUGAAUGAUAAGGUAAUAAUGGACCCAGUGUACACCUUCUAGGCCAUUAACAAGAAGGAAGUCCACCUGUUGUCAUAGUAUAAUUGUAUAUAGUUAUUAUUUUUUAAAGAUGUUUUGUUGUUUUGGGCUUUUUGCCUUUAUUGGCUUGGACCAGCAAGAGAGAGAGAGAGAGAGAGAGAGGAUGACGACAUGCAGUAAUUAAUCGGAUUCAGUACAUGGUGUGCGCCCCAUUAUUUUUUAAUAUCAGAUUAUGGUCCUCUGGUCUUUAGCUUUGGGAGAGAAUUGUUCAUUAUGACAAAUAAUGUUUAAACCAAGAUCAUAGGUUUACAUAGUAGGUGAAUUCUCUUAGAGUGGACUUUUUUUUUGGAUUGUGAUGGAAUGUUUUAUUGUACGAAAUUUGUCUUCAGGAAAAUAAAAUACUAGGCACUAUAA